GCUUUCCAUCCACUUACUGAUCUUGCGAUACCAGGCGUUUCUCGACAUGGCGGAGUACGGCGGCGGAUGUUGCAGGUGCUGCUUCAGCUUCAUAAUCACCUCCGGCUUCGCCGCCCUGUUCAUGUGGCUAAGCCUACGGACCUCGAAGCCCGAUUGCUCAAUCGAAAAAUUCUACGUUCCCGCCCUCAACAGAUCCGCCGACAUUAACUCCACCAACAACCACACCAUCUACUUCGAUCUCAAGCUCGACAACGGCAUGAAGGAAAAAGGGGUAAGCUACGCUAACAUAAGCCUCAACUUCUUCUACAACUCCACCCACCUCCCCAUAGCCAACUACACGGUUCCAGGGUUCUACCAAGGCCACAAGAAGAACACUCACCGCCGUCAGCUGCUGGAAGCCACCGGACUGCCGUGGGCGGCUGCGCUGGAGGCGGUCUCGAACGGGUCGACGGUGAGCUUCAGGGUGGAGCUGGCUACGAGGGUGAAGUACAAGAUUAUGUUUUGGUACACGAAGAGGGAGAGACUGGAGGUCGGCGGUGAUGUGGUGGUCAACGACACCGGUAAGAAAGUCAACAGGAAGAAUAUUAAAUUGAAAUCCGGGUCACCCGGUCCAGCUAGCCAUUGGGUGAGGGUGGGACCCUUGCUUAUUUUAACUUCAUUCAUUAUUGUAUUCUUGUAAUAAAGAUGGUGUAUUUUUGUCUAGGUUUUUUGUUUGGUAAAGGCUAUAUUAUUUGUUUGCAUAUUAUUAUUUUGAAGAGUUUAA